UUUGAAUUUGGAACCCAAGAUGGCGCUGGAGCACCAUUGAAUAUCUUGCAAGGUCAAUGCAUUAUAAACAUUUCACUCGAUUGUCUUUAUCAUAAUGUGAAGCGUCCUAUCCAAAUCCCCCAAAAUAUUCUACCUGAUCCUAUUCCAAUUGACUUCUUUUUUGUUCGAAAUGCACUCACAGAAACACAUGACAUUUAG